AGCUACCGAUUUGGAUUUUGUAUCAGACAUGAGACAUCAGAUGAUCAGUCCUGUAAACAUAGUAGUCAAUUAGCGUAAAUACACGCCAGAAAAGGGAGAAAAAAAAAAGUAAUCGAAGAAUAUAAAUUUUAAAUAUAUUAACUUCGGAACGUGUAAAUAUAACCUCCCUUCCUAUAACCUUUCUCGAAUAAUUUCUAGACUGAAUUCAUUAAUAACAUUUAUUAAAAAUAGAAUACAAUUUGAUAAAUGGCAAAGGAAACAGAUUUCAAUGAAAUUCUUGACAAUAUAUUUUUAAGUGAAAAUACGCAAUGUGAACAAAGUUAUGAAGAGGGUUAUAAAGUCGGAAGGGAAGCAGGAAAUCCCGAAGGGUUCCAUCUGGGUUAUCACAGAGGCGCUGAAUUAGGGAGAGAACUGGGUUACUAUCUCGGGAUAGUUACAUACCACAUAGAAAACCAAGACAAACUAGAGAUACAAUAUUCAGAUAAGAUUGUGAAGCAAUUAGAAAAAGUAAAGGAGCUUAUUGAAAAAUUCCCACGUGAAAAUUCAGAAGACCAAGACAUUCUUGGCCUUGCGGAAACUAUAAGAGCCCAAUAUAAGAAAGCUUGUGCAUUUUUAAAGAUAUCAUCAGCUAAUCCUUAUGGUGCUGACGUCUCUUUUUAAAAAAAUAACUAAUUUCAAAUCUAAAACUAACAUGGACAAAGUAUCCAAACUCCAUCAACAACUAGACAACAUAAUAAGUUAUCUAUCACCACUUUUACCACUUGCCAAUUGCCAUAUGGUGGAAUUUUUCACCCACAAUCAUUGGGAGAAAUUGUUACCACCAGACUUAAGACAAUAUUUAGAGGACCAAGAAAUGAAUGAUGCCAUUGAUCAAUUCUGGAAAUGUGGAAGCAAGAUGGUUGAUAAUGAGCUAACAAAGUGGGUACUUGAUAGCCAGUCUCACUGUGUGAACUUAAGCAAUGAUUACUGUAUCUCGAGAACACAACUUCAAGAGAAGAUUAAAUCAUGGGGGGGAGACUUUAAACCAGAAGUACGAAUUAAACAAUUCAUGACAAGCAAGAAAAGCUAUGAAGUUCAAACAAUGUCGCAUCUUGUUGCAUCACUGUUCAACGCAAGUGGUUCAACACAUUGCGUUGAAGCAGGUGGUGGUAGAGGCCACCUUCCUGUCGCGUUAUCACUAGCUUACCACCUGCCAAGCCUGACGGUGGAUUGCGAUGAACGUACUAUCAGUAAUGCUGAAAACAGAGUUAAGAUCAUACAGAAACAAUGGCAUGCAAUAGCAAAGAAAAUAAGAGAUGGUAGCGAAGAAAGUAUAUCGGAAAGCAUCAACUCCAACUUGCAUCGAUUUGCGUCCACUUUUAUAACAAAAGACACUGAUCUAGCAGCGAUUGUGAGAGAAAAGUUUCCAGAACAUUCCAGCUACGAUAUAAAGCUACUGUUAACGGGUCUGCACACGUGCGGCAACCUGGGCCCGUCGUCACUCCGCAUACUGUCGUCCCGCUCGCACGUGUCCGCCGCGCUGACCGUGCCGUGCUGCUACCACCUGCUGCUUGAACGCACCGACCACCACCUGCUGGACGUGUUCCAGCGGGACCACGGACACGUGGCCACGGGACAUGGGUUCCCUAUGGCGGAACAUUUGAGAGGGUAUAAUCUAGGUCGUAACGCCCGAAUGCUCGCCGCUCAGUCGAUAGACCGCGUCGUGCAUUACCGACAGUUGCCUGACAAGAGUCUAUUAUAUCGAGCUAUGCUUCAGGUAAUCAUCAGAACUCACUUACCUGACUUGCCUCUGUCCGAAGGAAAGUUAAAAGGAUUAGGACCGAAGUGUAAAGAUUUUAAGGAAUAUUUCAAAACGGCAGACGGUCUACUUAAACUCGGUCUCUAUGAUACCUUACCUGACACUUACCUGUCGGAUUUAGUUGAAAAUAUGCAUUGCCAGUGGAAAAAAAUAGUUUUAUUUUACCUUGUCAGGUUAUGUUUGGCGCAAGUUAUUGAAAGUGUUAUAUUGUUGGAUAGAUUAUUGUAUUUAUAUGAGAAUGGUUUUGAAAAGGUUUAUUUGGUGAAAUUGUUUGACCCAGUGCUAUCACCUAGAUGUCACGGUAUUGUAGUUGUAAGGUGAUUAAUAUUUAUUAUUAUAUGUUUUAUACAAUAAAUUAAUUUUAGUAAUCAAUAAUUUUACUAAUUAAUAAAUUAAUUUUACUAUC